AACUUUGUGAAUUACGCAGCCAAACAUCCAGCCAAAACCACAGAAGGAAGGAUCAGAAAGUGAACAGUUUUGGAGCUUGCUUGGGGGUAAAUCUGAAUACCCAAGUCAAAGCAUGACAAGAGAACCAGAAAGUGAUCCUCACCUAUUUUCUUGUACCUUUUCAGACGGCAAUUUAAAGGUUUCAGAAAUACACAAUUUUACUCAGGAUGAUUUGAUGGCCGAGGAUGUAUUCAUUUUAUAUUGUCAUUCUGACAUCUUUGUUUGGGUAGGCCAGCAGGUGGAUGCAAGGACACGAUUGCAAGCUUUGAAUAUUGGAGAGAAAUUCCUUGAGUAUGAUUUUCUGAUGGAAAAUUUAUCAAAAGAAACACCUGUUUUUCUUGUCAUGGAAGGAAGCGAACCUUCUUUUUUUACUCGUUUUUUCAGCUGGGAUUUUGCAAAAUCAGCUAUGCAUGGUAAUUCAUUCCAACGGAAGCUUUCUAUAUUGAAGAAUGGGCUAGCUCCAAUAUUGCUAGAUAAGUCCAAACGGCGAACUCCGACAACGCACGUUGGGAGGUCUAGUUUACCAGACAAAUCUCAGCGCUCUCGAAGUACGUCGUUCAGUCCUGACCGGGUUCGGGUUCGAGGUAGAUCUCCCGCCUUCAAUGCAUUGGCUGCUACUUUUGAAAAUCCAAUUGCUCGGAACCUGUCAACCCCUCCCCCUGUUGUGAGAAAACUAUAUCCAAAAUCAGUGACGCCAGAUUCUCCUCCUACUGCUGCUCCCAAGGCAGCAGCUAUAGCGGCUCUCACGGCUUCCUUUGAACGCCCAACCCAAACUAUGAUUCCGAAGAUGACUAAAGCGAGCCCUGCUUCUGGCACAGCAAAACCUGAAACAAAUUCCAAGGAGAAUGUCAACGUAAUGAACAGUAGAAUUGAAUCGCCCACAAUACAGGAAGAUUUGAAGGAAGGAGAGGCUGAAGAUGAGCAAGGCCUCCCUAUUUUCCCCUAUGAACGUUUGAAAAUAACAUCCUCAAAUCCCGUUUCAGAAAUCGACAUAACCAAACGAGAGACCUAUCUGUCUUCAGCAGAAUUUAAGGAGAAAUUCGGCAUAACGAAGGAUGCUUUCUACAAGUUGCCCAAGUGGAAACAGAACAAGCUUAAAAUGGCUCUUCAUCUGUUCUGAGGAUCCUGGAUAAUUAAGCUCCGAAUAUGGUGCUAUUGCAUAUAUCUUAAAAAAACCUCUUUCUGCAUUUCUCAUACUCUUGCAAAAUCUGAUUAUUGGAUUUCUUUUACCGUUAAGCUUUUGGUCUCCACUGGUUCAGAGGAGCCAUAUUUAAUUGCGACGGGGAAUCGCGAGGGGACGGUGUCAGUGUGUUUUUAGCUGCAGCUGCUCCCAAUUAGUCUGGUGCUUUUAUUAUUAUUUAUUUUUAUUUUCUGAUGUUGAAUAUCAAGGGUUGUGUUUUUUGUGGUUAUUCUUUUCAUUGGAGCUUGGUUGUGAGCUUGUUUUUACUUUAUUUAACCAUUUUUUGUGUUCAGGGUUUUGCUGUUGUAUUAUAAUGGGGCUCUGGUUUGAGCUUGUUGUGAAGGGAUUAUGCGUUUGAGUGAGUGUAUGUAGUUGAGGAAACAAGUGUUGUACAGAUAAGUAUGUUAUAACCUAUGGUUGUAGGACUGCAAUAAAACUUUUUAUUUUGUUUUA